AUGGAGCACGGUGGAAUGCCUUCGGUCACCUUGAUAGUGGGCUGUGGGCUGUCCUGCUUGGCUCUCAUCACUCUAGCUGUGGUCUACGCCGUGCUCUGGAGGUAUAUCCGAUCCGAGAGGUCCAUUAUCUUGAUCAAUUUCUGUUUCUCCAUCAUCUCAUCGAAUAUCCUCAUCGUGGUCGGACAAACACAGACCCACAAUAAGGGGGUUUGCACAAUGACGACAGCAUUUCUGCACUUCUUCUUCCUGGCUUCUUUCUGUUGGGUUCUGACCGAAGCUUGGCAAUCGUACAUGGCAGUUACAGGGAAGAUCAGAACAAGGCUGAUCCGCAAACGCUUUUUGUGCCUUGGAUGGGGUUUGCCAGCUCUGGUGGUGGCGAUUUCAAUGGGAUUUACAAAGGCAAAAGGAUAUGGGACACCGAGCUACUGCUGGCUGUCUCUGGAGGGAGGUCUGUUGUACGCCUUUGUGGGACCUGCAGCUGCUGUUGUUCUGGUCAACAUGGUGAUCGGAAUUUUAGUUUUUAAUAAGCUUGUGUCAAGAGAUGGGAUCCUAGAUAAAAAGCUAAAACAUAGAGGAGGGGCGUCUCUCUGGAGUUCCUGUGUGGUGCUGCCUCUGCUCGCCCUGACCUGGAUGUCAGCUGUCCUGGCCAUGACCGACAAGCGCUCCAUCCUCUUCCAGAUCCUCUUCGCCGUCUUCGACUCGCUCCAGGGCUUUGUCAUUGUCAUGGUGCACUGUGUGCUGAGGAGAGAGGUUCAAGAUGCAUUUAAAUGCAGGCUGAGAAACUGCCAGGACCCAAUUACAGGGGACGCAGCCGGUACCUUUCCGAACGGACAUGCCCGGAUCAUGACAGACUUUGAGAAAGAUGUGGACAUUGCCUGCCGAUCAGAUCAUCCUGAACACCACCAUCGAUCAUCCCAGAACAAGAGCUUAUAUAGAACUGGCCACACUAAAAUGCUGCCCAUGUAUCCAAACACAGGUGAUCUUGACUUAUUCCUCCACAAGGACAUCGGCAGCUGCAGGGCGGCUACCAUCACCGGCACACUGUCUCGCAUCUCCCUCAACGACGAGGAGGACGAGACAGGCAACAGCCCCGAGCGGCUGAACUUCUCCACCUUACCCGGCAACAUCAUCUCAAAGGUGCUGAUCCAGCAGCCCCCGAGCAUGCACGUGCCCAUCGGCAUGAACGAGCUGACCGAGCAGUGCCCGAAAAAGGACACCAACAGCGAUUUGCGCCGGACGGUUUAUCUGCGCACCGACGACAACCUGAGAGCGGGCGACUCCGAAGUAACCCAGGCCCAAGAGAGGAUGAUGGAGAGCGACUAUAUUGUGAUGCCCCGGGGCUCGGCCAGCCUCCAGCCCUCGCCCAUCGACGAGAGCAAGCUCAACAUCGGGGUGGAGGGCUUGCCCCACGACAGGCUGCUGCACUUUAAGGUCAAUCCCAAGUUUAACACGAGCGGCCCCGUGCUGGAUCACAUCAGCUUCAAUCUCGACCAGCACCUCGGCACACAGGAACACAAGCAGAACAUCCCCUUCGAGUCGCGAUCCAGCGUUAAGAACUUCCUGGUCUCGGAGCUCGAUGAAAACAACGCAGGACUGUCGAGGAGCGAAACGGGCUCCACGGUCUCCAUGAGCUCUCUAGAGAGAAGAAAAUCCCGCUAUCAAGACCUGGAUUUCGAAAAAGUCAUGCACACAAGGAAGCGACACAUGGAGCUGUUUCAGGAACUAAAUCAAAAAUUUCAGACUUUGGAUCGUUUCCGCGAUCCACCAAAUACGGGCAGCAUUAGUGAUAAAACGUGGAGCGUCUCAACGACGGGUUUUGAGAGGGGGGGCGGGAGCGUAAGUGUAAAAUUCAACCCAUGCUUCUCACAGGAGAAGCAGACGCCAAGCAAGCAUCAAUGGGAAGCUUACAAGAACCCUAGCGAUUACCAACAUUAUUCACCGAUGAAUGUAUUGGAUACAGAGGCGAAGGAGGCAUUGGAAUUAAGACAGACCGAGUGGGAAAAGUGUAUGUCCAUGCCCUUAGACGUGCAGGAAGGGGAUUUUCAAACUGAGGUUUAAAGUUCUUACGAAUCACAAAGUAAAUUCUCUCGCACUGGCACUUCGAAAAAUUGCUGAAACCCCGGCCUAAAUGUCUGGACUCGUAGAGUAAUAUAGAAGACGUUUACACACUGGGAGAUAAGAUGUCAAUGUCUUUAACAUUUCUCGCUACUGUAUUUAGUGAGAAUAAUACGAGAUGUACAAUUAUUACCAUCAUGUGUUGUACGUUCAAUGUGGAAUGAAUUUGUAAGGUAAUCUUUAUAGAUAAACCUCGAGCAAAGAUACAUGUUAUAGCUUCAUUUGGUUUAGUUUUAGAACAAAACUUCGCCAUGAAGCACAAUGUAUAUAUUUAUGCAGUUUUUAAGAUUUAUAACAGUCUGUUUGGCCAUUACUACACUUUUUACUUUAUAAUAUAAAAAAAGCAAACAGUUUUCUGUCAUUUAAAUGAAUGGU